AAUAUACCUACACCAUGGGAAGAUCACAAGCGUCUGACUCACCAAGAAGUGGGUCAAUAAGGGUGUGACGUCAUAUUGUUAUUUACCUGAAAAUGGCUGCUCUCUUCGGACAUGGAAAUCCUCUUGCGACGCAAGUUGGACAGUUGAUUGAGAGAGGCACAGAUGGAACACAAGCAUCAGAAAACUGGAUGGUUUUGAUGGAAGUUUGUGAUAUCAUCAAUGAAACAGAUGAAGGUCCUAAGGAUGCUGCUCGAGCAAUCAGAAAGAGGUUAUCACAAAAUAUGGGGAAGAACCACACGGCGGUCAUGUACACGCUAACUUGUCUAGAAACGUGUGUAAAGAACUGUGGCAGAAGAUUUCACCUCCAGGUGGCAAACAAAGAUUUCCUGUCGGAUCUGAUCAAAGUUAUUGGUCCAAAGUAUGACCCACCACAAGCAGUUCAAGAAAAAGUUCUAAGUCUUAUUCAGACAUGGGCAGAUGCAUUCAGAGGGACUCCUGAACUGAAGGAGAUAGACAAAGUUUACCAGGAUCUGAAGGCAAAAGGAAUAGAGUUUCCUAUGACAGAUCUUGACCACAUGGCACCCAUCCAUACACCAGCCAGGAGCACAGCGGAGGUGGACCCAGGAUUAAGUCGAUUAAGACCGUCAACUAGAGCUCCCCAGCAGGCUCCAGUGUCCCCACCCACCCAAGUCCCCACUGGUCCUGUCAACCCAUCAGCGGAGCAGAUGACCAAGUUAAAAACAGAGCUAAACGUAGUCCAAGGUAACCUCCGAGUAAUGAGUGAGAUGUUAACGGAACUGUCUCCUUCUAAUAUUGACCCUUCAGAUCUAGAGCUCUUACAAGAACUCAACAGGACAAACAGACAGAUGCAGCAGCGAUUGGUGGAAUUAAUAGACAAAAUAGCUAAUGAGGAGGCUACAAAUGAGCUUUUACGCAUUAAUGAUGACAUGAAUAACGUGUUUCUGAGAUACGAGCGGUUUGAACGAUAUCGAACGGGACAAUCCGGGCAGCAGUCCUCCCAGCCCUCAGAACCCUUACCCUCCGAAAGUGUGUCACCACCCUCAUAUGAACAGGCGUCCUCACCUGGACCCGUCCCUUCACAGCCUGCCCCAGCUGUAGGAAAUCUCAUUGACCUAGGGGAUGACACCCAUGUCCCAGCCCCACAGCUGGCCCCACAAGUUACAUCACAGAUGGCCAAUCUAGAUAUUGGAAGCAAUUCAGCGCCGAGCACAGGUCACAAUGAUGAUGAUUUUGAUAUGUUUGCCCAAUCCAGACAGUCCUUUGAUACCAAUAGACAGACAAUGGGAAGUUACGCAAAUCAGCAGGAGGACCAGUUUAAUAAAGCUGGAUUAGGAGCUGUGGUCAACUCCAAAAACAAUUUUACAACAGAUGAGGAAGUAUUACAGCUCACUAAAGAAGAGGAGGAGGUCCUUAAGUUACAAGACAAAGAAACAGAUUAUGCCGAGAUGGAACAGUGGCUGACAGCAGAGCAGAAAGCCAGUUUGAACGAACACAAAAAUCAACAAAAAGAUUCAUUAUCCAGUUCAGAGUUUGAUUCCUUCUUGAAUGAUAGAGCCCAAGCUGCUGACACCCUCCCCAGCAUAACAGCCGCUACAGGUCAAAGGUCACGGAAGCUACAAAAAGAUGACGAAGAGAAUCCCUUGUUUGCUUUAUAAAUUAUGAACCCUGUGUGAAAGUGUAUGAAAGAAUGUAUGAAAACUGAUCUAAUUAUAGUAACAUGAUAAUUGUUUACAGUAUCACAUGAUCACAACAUGGUCAGUCAUAGUAUGCCAAACUGUGGAAAACUGGUCAUCAAUACUUUGUUAGAUCCUGUAAAUCAGAGAAAAAUUUCUUGCUACCUUUUUUCCUAGCUGUAAGUAUUGUUUUGUACAUUAUUUAUUCAUUUACCUACCUACAUUCAAAUUUGUACUUGGAAUAAAAAUUUUAGAAGAUAUAUAUAUAUAUGCAAUUAUUUGAUAAGACAUUUAUGAAUGAUUUCAUGUGUAAAAAGAAUUGCAUGAAUUUUUCCAUUGUGAGGCUUAUUGCCUUGUUUUUACUACAAAUGAUAAUUAUAGAAGCAAUUAUUAAACUGUAAAAAUCUAUUGAGUGGCAUAAUGUUUUGUAAUGAUUUGCUCUAAUACAGUUGAACUUUGUUGUCUUGAACUUUGAUUUUUUUGAAUACACUAGAUAAGUUGAAUUUUGUUGUAUUGAACAUUAAUUUUCUGAAUAUCCAAAUAUGUUGAAGUGAGUCAGCAUUCCUGGUUGAAUCAUGAAUCCACUUGUCAACAUCAUUAUCUUGAACCAUCAGAUAUCUUGAAGUCAGACAAUCCUGCUAUGUUGGAAAUAUAAGGGUUGACUGUAUUUCAUUCAGUUUUAAGAAUGGCUUAAUGCAAAAGCAUACAAAAGGUUUUUCAGUGUUUAAAAAGAAUAUAGCAAAUGUUUUUUCUAAAAAAAAAAAGGGGGGGGGGGGGUCAUAAUAAUGUCAUUCAAAUGUAUUACAUGUACUAUGACGUAAACACAAGCUGCAAAUAUUGAUAUGUACAGGCUUGAUAUAUACAAAUUUUGUUAGUUUUAGGCUUAAUAUAUAUAUAUAUAUAAUUUGCCAUUAAAAUCUUGUAGAGGGUCCAAAUUUCAAGGAACUGCAAGUUUUUAUGAUAUCAUUGUAAGAAGCAUUUUUAUAAAGGCAUGGGACUUUAUGUUUAGUACAAAUAAUGAUUUAUCUUAUCUUUUUUUUUUUUCUUUUUUUUUUUUUUUUUCUUUCUUUUUGUUAAAAGACCUUGGUCACUGUGAUUAUUUCAUAGAUUUGUUGGAAAAUGUAAGGGAUGCUCUUAGAGGAUUGAAUGUUAUUACUGGCUGUGCAGUUUUUGAUUAAGAAAUCAAUAGUGGAGAAAUACAUGUGUAUUGACCUAACAGA